ACCAACACACAUACCACUGACAGUGGGAGCAAGUGGACCUAUUUGACUUUAUGAACCCACCAGAAAGGGAAUAAUUGAGGGUGCGGGUCUUUUCUCUGGAGUGAUGGACACAUGACCUCUCUGUAGGAAGCAAAGGAAUGUAGCUUGUUUUUUUUCUAGAUUUUAAGUUGAAUAUUUCAAAGUGUCCUGUGGCCUCUUUCUGUGGAUUGUUUGUCUUCUGGGGGCUUGGAGACCUGCAUCAGUGGGGCUGAGAUACAGACUACAUGGUCAUUUACCGCCCUGCACCGACUCGUCUGGAUUUUUUUGUGUGUCUUUAUCAGUCAGACCGACUGAGGUAGUGAGCCGGUGUUUACAGAGGAAAAACAAAACACUGUUAUCAUCAUGAAUAUGACGCAGCGAAUGAAACUACUGAAGCACUUUGGCUCUGUGCCGCCGGAGCCGCCACCUCCACUGCUGGUGGUGCCUAAACCAGGUAUGGAGGAGCUAACAAUAUGGGAGCAACAUACAAUAACACUAAACAAAGAUCCCAAACUGGGGUUUGGCUUUGCCAUAUCGGGAGGCAAGGACAAGCCUCACCCAGACAGCGGGGAUACCAGUGUGAUGGUGUCAGAUGUGCUGCCAAAUGGACCGGCCAUGGGACGACUGUUCACCAAAGACCAAAUUGUCAUGGUCAAUGGCGUGUCUAUGGAGAACAUCCACUCUAACUACACCAUUCAGAUCCUCAAGUCGUGCGGCAAGACAGCAAAUGUGACAGUGAAACGCCCUCGCAAGAUCCAGAUUCCAGCAACCACCAGACCAUCCCGGGCCGCCUCCCAUUCCAACCUGCUGGACCCGGAUCCCCCCAGACGAACACGACGCUACUCUGACGGUAGCGACAACAGGGACAGCAACCGCUACCGUUCCCGUGCCCGCAGCACUACGCCAGACCGCAACGGGCAUGGAAACACACUACCGUUGAUGUCGUCCGGGUACAAGAGGCUGCCAUAUCAGGACGUUGCAGACAAACCCAUCAGAACUACACUGCUUAAAAAGAAAAUCACAGAUGAGUAUGGAUUGAAGCUGGGCAGUCAGAUAUUCAUCAAGCACAUGACAGAAACAGGCCUGGCUUCAAAGGAGGGAACGCUGCAGGAGGGAGACCUCAUUCUCAAGAUCAAUGGCAUGACAACGGAGAAUCUAUCCCUGCUGGAAACCAAGCACCUGGUGGAGAAGAGCAGGGGCAAACUGACCAUGACGGUCCUCAGGGACGAACGCAAGUUCCUGGUCAGCAUCCCAGAGGUGGAGGACAGCGCCCCCAACAGCGAGGACGACCACCGCCGAGAUAGCAGCUCUGAACUGGAAGACAUUUCAGACAUUGACGAAGACCUCCCCACACACAGAACGUCCCGUCAACCCACCAGAGAGAAACGGACACGCAGAACGAGAGCUGAACCUCCUCCAGCCAAGUCUCGGGAUUCAUCCCCACUGCGUUCCACCUUGACUCGGCCUCCUGUAAAAACCUACGCCUCUCGAAAAGCUCCAUAUGAUUCGGAGUCCGACCGCAGUGCCUCUCCUCCUCCUCCUCCUCCUGUCAGGAGAACCAGUCCGGACACAAGGGACCACUCUAGCAAAUACAAAACUCUGUCUGGUGUGUCCACCCUCCCCAACCCACGGUCCUCUCCUGUAGUUCCCAGCUGGAGCACCUCUCGCCCCACCUCCUCCGCCUCACGGCCCCGAAAGCCAGUGUCGGACUCAGACUCUGACCGCAGUGCUUCCCCUCCACCGCGCAGAGCGAGCCCCCGCCCAGACAGAUACAAAGUUCUUCCUGAUCUGCCCCAUGCAGGGCUGAGAGCCUCCCCCAUCAAUGUUCGCCAGGAGCAACCAAGGAGGGUGAGCUCUCCUCUCAGGGUCCCGCCCCCAGACUCUGAUUCGGAGUCGGACGGCGGCAUGGGGCCUCCUCAGAGGCAGAGCACCACGUACAGUCAGGACUCCCUCAGCAGAUACAGAGUCCUCCCGGAGGUUGCUGUGGAGCCACCGAAAUGGAGCGUCUCCAGCGUCACUGCCAGCAAUCCACCACAGAGAGCUCGUUCAGACUCUGAAUCGGAGGCCAGUUAUGCCUCCGUCCCUCGCAGGCACUCCACAGACAGCAACAACUCUGACACCGCCAAAAACCGAUACAGAGUCUUGCCUGAAGUUAAACCCACUCCAGUCGCUGUGAAGCAGGAGCCUCCUCGUCGUGUGCCAUCACCCACCAGACCACCUCCCGAUGAUUCCUCAGAGUCAGACCAGCUGUCACAUCUCAGGAGGUCUGGGAGCUCUGAGCGGGGAGACACACACAGCCGUGUUCCUCGUGCUGCUAAUGGAACUGGCACCCUCAGGUCUGGGAUUUCAGUGAAGAGCAACCCACCAGUCUACUCCAAACCUACAGAAGAGCCCAUCUACUCCCUACCUCCAGAUUCUUACCCAUCACCUAAUCCAGGGUACAGCUCAGACGUUCACACAGUAUCGUUUGUGAAGGAGGGCAGUGUGGGUCUGAGGCUUGUGGGGGGCAACGAUGUUGGUAUAUUUGUUGGUGGAGUUCAGCCAAACAGCCCUGCAUAUGACGAGGGAAUGAAAGAGGGAGACCAGAUCAUGCAGGUAAAUAAAGUUGAUUUUGGUCAUUUCACACGAGAAGAGGCUGCCAACUUCCUCCUGAACAUCAAAAAAGGAGAGCGGGUAGAAAUCUGCACGCAGAACAAGAUGGACAUUUAUAAGAAGAUCAUCAAGUCCAACCUGGCAGACAACUUCUACAUCCGCACCCACUUUGACCACGAGGCAGAAGGCCCCAUUGGUCUGAGCUUCACCAGAGGAGAAGUGUUCAGGGUGGUGGACACGAUGCACCGCGGGAAGUUGGGCAACUGGCUGGCUGUCCGCAUGGGGAACGACCUGCAUGAGAGGGAUAAAGGCACCAUCCCCAACCAGGCCAGGGCUGAGACGUUGGCCAGCAUAGAGCAGGUGCAGAGGGCGAGCGGAGACAGGCAGGUGUCAGGACCCAGAGCUGAGUUUUGGAAACUACGGGGACUCAGAGGGAACAAGAAGAACGAAAAGAACGUCCGUCGGACUCGUGACGACCUGUUGCAGCUCACCAUUCAGGGGAAAUUCCCUGCCUAUGAGAGAGUCCUGCUCAGAGAAGCUAAUUUUAAACGACCUAUUGUCAUUAUGGGUCCUCUUAAUGAUAUUGCCAUGGAGAAGCUGGCCAGAGAGAUGCCUGAUGAGUAUGAAGUUGCAGACAUGGUUCCUCGCAGUGGAGCAGGAGACAGCGCCUCCACAGUUAUUAAACUGGACACUGUGAGGAGAAUAGCAGAGAAGGACAAACACCCUCUUCUGGACAUCACUCCCACUGCAGUUGAAAGGCUGAACUACAUCCAGUACCACCCAAUGGUCCUGUUUUUGGACCCUCACAGCCGCAAGGACGUCAAGACAUUAAGGCAGAAGUACAGCCCCGACUCCAACAAGAGCUCCAGACGCCUUUACACGCAGGCCCUGAAGCUGAGGAAACACUGCAGCCACCUUUUCUCAGCACGUAUUGACCUGCAGCCCAACUCCAGUGUUUGGUAUCAGAGUCUAAAGGAUAAGAUCCGCCACCAACAGUCCAAACCGGUCUGGGUGUCUGAAGUGACGUUGGAAAGUGGUGCAGAACAGGACUUGGAUGCUCUGGACCAAACCCAGUCAGACUACCUCAGUGCUGCCAGUGACCUGGAGGACACUGACGGAGAGGCCUUCACCGAUGGAGAGGCCUACACCGACAAUGAGGACCUGGAGGAGGCUUACCCAGGUCAGAACGCUGCCUCUAGGUUGGCUGGAGCUGCUUUAGCCCGAUCAUCUGAGCCCGCCUUAGGGCACCCCAGCACCACCGUAGACCCUGAGCUUCACGACGACACAUACUCUCUCAGAGAAAUUCCACCGUUGAUGCACGUACCUGAGCCCAAGUCGCUCCGCCGGGAGAGUUACAGCCCAAAUCACAGCGAUGUUGAGGAGGAAGAGCCCUCUCAUCGUAGUUUUACAGACUCAGAUUUCAGCACCCUUGAUGUAAUUGCUCCCACUUCUCCGUCAGACGGACCCCCAGACUUUAUAGCCCCCACCCCCAGUCGCUACUCUGUGAAUGAGCCUUCAUAUGCUGAGGUGCAGCGUGAGAGCCAACAACAUGCCAGCCUGUCCGCUAUUGAGGAGAAAUUACAACAGGCUCGCUCUGCAGAGCCAGAGCCACAGGCACAGGCACAGGCACCUCCUGAGGAGAGGAAGGGUCCUCAGUUCAUCGUGCUGGCACAUCAUCACCAAGCAGUCCAGUACAGACGGACACAGAUCCGAGGCAGCGACAGCUCUGAGGAUGACGAGGCCGAGGCGGAGGACAUUGAAUGGGGUCCUGCAACAGAACUCUAGAGUCUGUGUCAAGGAUUAAAUAUUGAGUCUACUGAUCUCUACGAGGACACAGAAACUAUUUCACUCCACCGAGAAACUCUUUUUGUAAAUGUAUUUUCUGUAGAAGCAGUUUUUAUCUGAAGAUGUUGGUCGGCCAUGUUCAGGUGUGGGAUACUGGAUAUUCAAGAUUUCUACAACCUUUUAACAGAUCACUAAAAGUUUGAAUGUCUUAAGAAAGGUUCUCACAUGCAUGCAAAUCAAAGUGCCUGAUUUCUUUUUCAUAUUUUUUUAUUUAAAUAACACCAUGUCAAACAAAUGCUUUGCCCUUUGUUACUGCUGCUGUAUGUAACAUACAAACAAGUUCUAGUUUUAUUAGAAAUUAUACCAAAUUAGUCUCUUUUCAUAGAAAUAUGCAAGAACAUUUAUUAAAUGUGUGGAUGUUUCUAUAACGUUUUCUACAUUAAACGGUUUUCUUGAGUUCAAAA